AAUCUCAAUUUCCUGGUGUAUCGCAUUAUAAAAUCUCAGCUAUGGUUGCUAUAAGUUACCUUGCAACCAUACAAAAAAUCUUCUACUCGCAUGAAACACAUAAAUAUAUCAAAGAUACUUUGUAUAUUCAACUAAACACUUUUUAAAGUUAAUUUGAGCCUUGAUAUAGGACACCUAUAUACAAAGGCGCCAAACCUGGGGUGGUAAGGUGGGCAUGCCAACCCUGGAAUUGCCCGCACCGUACUUAUCAGUAAAUCUUGGACCAAAUUUAUUUAACAAAACCCGCAUCUGCCUGUUGCUGCAUUAUAAAAGGUUUGUAGAUUGCAUUGAAAGCAAAAGCUAAGGAUCUGUUUUGUUUAAAACACAUUAUUUAAAGAUGUUAUUGCAGUAUUUUGAUUGAGUGGCAUAAGAAUGAAUUUGAAAAUAUAUAAAACUAUCAUAUUACAUCCUCUCAUGUGUGGUGAGAUUUUCAAUAAGUUAAACAUAUGCUUCAUUUCCUUCCAAUUUGCCCUGAGAUAAACCUAUUCGAUCAAAUUUGUUUCAAAUGGUAUGUUGUAUCAGUAGUUAUGUAAUGCUGUAACAUACACAAGGUUUUAUUAUUACGCAGAUAUUGAAUUGAAGGUUGUGUAUCCUAUAAUGCACAUAAAGUAAGUUAAAUCUGAAUAUAAAGUUUUAGUUUUAAGACAGGUCUUCUUGAUGUUCUAAGAAGUUGAUUGAAAACUGCAGCAUUUGGAAGCGAUCAUUUCUGGGAAAUUAACUUUGAUUACUUGUGUGUUUGAUAUGAUUACUCUGAUCAUCAUUGUUUGUUCGUAUGCAGUUUACUUGCAAUGCAAACAACUAGUUUGUUUGUUAAGUUAAUGAUUUAUAAAUUGCAAAACUGAUCUGAGUAAAUUGAUACAUUCGGGUUAAAGGCAUUGUUGGGAUUAGCGAACAAAUGAAAUGCGAAGAAACGAGUUUCUGUUAUUUAUCUGCGGUCUUGUAAUAGGAGGGUUGAUUGCGGUAACUUUACAUAAAUACAGUGAUACAAGUUUAAGGCCAGUUCGAUCACCAGAAGUAUCACAAUAUAAUUUCGUGUCAACAAGAACAGAAACUACAACAUGCGCUGCAGAAUCGACAGCAAAAAACAUCAGCAAUGUUCGUGUCUUGUGCUGGGUGAUGACAUCACCGAUGACGUUGUUUACGAAAGCUGUGCAUGUGAGGGAUACUUGGGGGAGAAGAUGUGAUAAAAUAUUGUUCAUGAGCUCGGAAGAUAACGAGAAAUUGCCAGCUAUCGGGUUAGGCGUAAAGGAAGGUAGGGAACAUCUUUAUGAUAAAACAGCAGCUGCGUUUCAGUAUAUUUGGACGCAUCAUAAAGAUGAAGCGGAUUGGUUCCUCAAAGCUGAUGAUGAUACUUAUGUUAUAAUUGAAAAUUUAAAGUUGUUGUUAAAGGACCACGACCCAUACUUGCCCAUGUAUUUUGGUCGUAAGUUUACACCAAUGGUUAAACAAGGUUACAUGAGCGGGGGGGCUGGUUAUGUAUUGAGUAAAGCUGCACUAAGUAGAUUUGAUCGCGCAACUCGUACACAAAGAUGUAUCCCCCUUGAUUCUAAUGAAGAUUUAGAAAUUGGUCGAUGUAUGCAACACAUUGGGGUAAAAACCAUGGAUUCGAGAGAUCCAGAGAAGAAGGAAACCUUUUUUCCUUUCUCUCCUGCAUUGCAUAUCUUACCAGGAAACAUACCAAAAGAUAGCUGGUAUUGGAAGUACAUAGCUCACCCCAACCCUUCUGGUCCCGGAUGUUGCUCUAAACAUAUGAUUUCGUUUCAUUACGUACAACCAGAUAUGAUGCACAUAAUACAUCACUUUAUAUACCGUAUGGAGGCGUAUGGUGUCAAAGCUCAAAGUUACGUUUAAGUACAAAUGAAUGAUACAAAUACCACAGAAGUCCUUGGUGUCAAAGUGUGAAUGCGUGGUGUGUCAAGUGAAGCCACAAAGGUUGCUCAAGAGCCACGGAGUCAAGAAGUGUUCAAACACCAAGUGGAAUUUAGAAGCACAAACUUUGUAGUUGCUAUUUAACUACAUAAGAUAACCACUUAUUUACAAGAGUGUCACAGAAUAACUGUUUGGAUUGUAAUGUGUGUUUUGUUGCCACAUAUGUUGGUAUAGUAAAUAAAAGACUACAUUGAAGAAAA